ACAACGACUGAAGUCAAUUAAACUGUUGACUCGUGUCGCUCUUCAUAAAAACUUCUCCUUGACUUAAGUCGUCACCAUCUCUCUCGGUUAUAAAGUCCUGUGCAGUGUUGUUUUUAUUUUUAUUUUUCCAGCAGAAAUAUCUCCUCUCAGCGAAAGUGUGUCAUCUUUCAGGUCAAUAAAGGGAAAACCAUCACUUUAUUUCCACCUCGUCGACGGUUGUGUGAGUGUGUGCGUGUGUGUGUGUGUGUGUGUGUGUGUAAAUCUAGGAAGUAACGUUAGCCUAACUUUUCGACCGGGACAACGAGGAGGAGACGUUGACCCCUCGAUAGCUAAACGAAACAGUGAUUUCUAAGAGCAAUACCGACGCCGAAAUGCUGGGGAAUAACUUUUUCAACAUUUAAAACGGCGUAUAAGCAGUUUCUUGGCUCACCUUUUCUGGGAAGCUCAGGUGAAGAGGUUUUUUUUUUUUUUUUCCCCUGAAGUUGUGUGAUAGGAGAUCGUUAACGCUAACCAGAGGUGCAGAAAUACGUCUUUACUCUUCGCUGUAAGGCGUAUUUCGGUUUUUAAAGAUGAAAUGAGUGACUUUCCUCGAAAGUGGAUGCUGGCAGGGUGUUGGGGCAGUGAGUUAUGCUGAAGCCUCCCUCUGAAUAUCAGGAUGAGCACUACUGAUGGCGCCUGGGCCCCUGAGCAGGAUGGAGAGGCCCGUGUUGUGCAGAUCUACCCCAGGGUGUCCCAGGAUACGGCUGCCCACUGUCCCCUGCAGGUCAGUGCUGGGGACACGGCGAGGUCGGUCAUCCAGAAUGCCGUGGUCACUCUGGGGCUGGACUCCAGCCAGACGUACAGCCUGCUGGAGGUCAGGAAGAGCAGCGGAGACGAGAGGCUCCUAGAAGCUGGUGAUUGCCCUCUGGAGCGAGUCUUGCUGUGGCCACCGGAGGCACAGAAGUGGCACCCUCAGAGCCAGGGGUACCACUUCAUCCUGCAGCAGCAGCAAGCCAAAGGAGAGGACUAUGACAACCUCUGCAACCUCGAAACUUUGACGGAGGAGAGUUUUUUGGAGGCUCUACGUCAGCGCUUCUACAGGUUCAAAAUCUACAGCUAUGUCAGCAACAUUCUCAUCGCCAUCAAUCCCAAUAAGUUCCUACCCGUUUACUACAACCCCAAGUAUGUCAAGAUGUAUGAGAACCAGCCACUGGGCAAACUAAGCCCUCAUAUAUUUGCAAUAGCAGACGUGGCCUUCCGUACCAUGCUAAACAGACAGGUUAACCAGUGUAUUGUUAUAUCUGGUGAGAGUGGCUCAGGGAAGACCGAAAGCAGCAGUUAUCUCAUCCACUGCCUGACUGCACUCAGCCAGAAGACAUACUCCAGCCGGCUGGAACGGACCAUCCUUGGGGCAGGACCAGUGCUAGAGGCCUUUGGCAACGCUAAGACUGCUGAGAAUAACAACUCCAGUCGCUUUGGGAAGUUCGUCCAGCUCAACUACCUGGAGAGUGGUGUCAUCAGAGGGGCAGUUAUUGAGAAGUACCUACUUGAAAAGGGCCGCCUGGUUUCCAGAGAUAAGAGAGAGAGGAACUACCACGUAUUCUACUAUCUGCUGGUGGGAGCGUCCACAGAGGAGAAGGAGGAGUUUCAUCUAUUAAAACCACAAGAUUAUCUCUACCUCAAGCAGCAGGACCUCCAUAUAGAUGACGAGGAGAAACUUGGGCAGGAGUACAAGAGGCUCCAUCAAGCUAUGGAAAUGGUUGGCUUCCUGGCCUCCACCAAGAAACGCAUAUUUUCCAUCCUCUCUGCCAUCCUCCACCUUGGCAAUGUGACCUACACAGUGUCAGAGGACACUCAGUUCCUGGAGGUUGGACCUGAUGAAGUCUUGUCUACACUGUCUGUCCUGCUCAAGGUGAAAAAGGAGCUGCUGGUGAAAGCCUUGACCAAGAGGAAAGUUGUGACCGCCAAGGCAACCAUAGUUUCAGAGUACACGCUACAAGAGGCGUCCAAAGUGCGGGACUCCAUGGCCAAGUCUUUAUACAGUGCUCUGUUUGACUGGAUCAUCCUUCACAUCAACCAUGCAAUGUUCAAUAGACGAGACAUGGAGGAGUCAGUCUCUUGUUUGUCCAUCGGUGUCUUGGAUAUGUUUGGAUUCGAGAACCUCCAGACGAACAGUUUUGAGCAGUUGUGCAUCAACUACACCAAUGAGAAACUGCAGUAUUACAUCAACCAGAACAUCUUCAAGCUUGAGCAAGAAGUUUAUGUGUCAGAGGGCAUCACUUGGGAGAAUAUCAACUACACUGACAACAUUGGCUGCAUUCAGCUGAUCAGCAAGAAAUCAACCGGACUCUUUGACCUGCUGGAUAAGGAGGGCAAGCUCCCUGAAGCCACAGAUGAAACCCUAUUGGACAGGCUGAAGCAGCAGCAUCAGGACAACCCACUCUUUGUACCCUCUCCGAAUACAAAGCUGACUUUUGCCAUCCAACACUUUGCUGGGAGUGUUAAAUAUCACAUCAAGGACUUCAGAGAGAAAAACACAGAGCACAUGCGUCCUGAAGUCGUAUCUCUUCUACGGAGCAGUGAGUGGGCAUUCUUGCAUAACCUGGUUGCAUCCAGCCCGGAGGCACUGUUCAGAUGGGGCAUCCUCCGAGCCACCAUUCGCAUCCUGACAGUUUUCAAACACAUGGGACGCCAGCGGGCAGAAUUGAUAGCUGCCAGACGAAACUCCCGCAUAACCCUCAAAGACAUGAAACGCCACAGUAGUGCUAUGGACCAACUAUCCAGCACCAGCAUGACUCUAGAUUUCUCCUUUGACUGCUCUGAUGAACAUCCUCUUGAUGUAUUUGAAGACAUCUUUGCAAAUUAUGAAACAAGAAAGAAGAGUAGAGGCGGUCGACAGAAGCAGCUCAUUCCAAAGAACCUCAUGGAUUUGCGCUCACUCCAACAUAUUGUUGGUCUCACUGCACACGACCGAACCAGCAAAUCCAGCUUCCACCCUCCCCAGACAACGAGGCCCCCUACAAUCAGUGCUCAGUUUCAGGCCUCGCUCAGAAAGCUAAUGGAGACAAUUGAAAAAGCUGAGCCUUUCUUCAUUUUCUGUGUUCGUUCCAACGCUGAAAAGAAAGAGCUGCACUUUGAUGAUGAACUUGUGCUACAGCAAAUCAGGUACACAGACAUGCUGCAGAUGGUUCACAUCGGGAAGUAUGGCUACAGUGCCAAAUACACAUUUAUGGAAUUUGUUGACAAGUUCAGGAUGUUGCUCCCAAAAGGAGCAACCGCAACUCCAGAGCCCAUUACCGAACUGUUUGAGAGGAUGGAGCUGGAUAAGUCCACCUACCAAAUAGGAAAAACCAAGGUGUUCCUCAAGGAAAAGGAGAGGCAGCUGCUCCAAGACACUCUUAACAAAGAAAUGAUGCAACACAUUAUCAUGCUGCAGCGCUGGUUCCGUGCCUGUCUGAUAAGAUUGCACUUCCUUCAAAAGAGAAAUGCCACAGUGAUCAUACAGAGGAGCUGGCGUGAGUUCUAUGAGAAUCAAAACCGAGCUGCUACAGUGAUCCAGGCAGCUUGGAAGAGUUCCCUGAAGACGUCUAAAACCCGGUUUGGACGGGACAGCUUGACAAAGAGAGACUUAAAGAGGCAGCAUAAAGUGGAGCUUAGCCCCGACAGAACCCAGCAGCUUGACCCAGUCAACGGCCAGUCUGCACAGAAGGACCGGAGCAGGGAGAAACAAGAGGGUAGAGGAUCCCCUCCGCCUUUUAACAGACCCCUCUCACUCCCUCUGGGCCCUAAAAUUGACAGUCAUGAUCGCUCCCCCAGCCCCUCUAAGAGCACCUCUCUUCAGCGCUACAAAGAUAUGGGGGGCAUUAAGGAGAAGGCUGAGAGGUGGAGGGAAAGACAGAGUGAGAGCGAACCGACAGACGAAUCGAGUCCAGAAAUACACCGGCGAAGAGACAGUAGGAGAGAUGAGUUUCACAGGAAAGGGGAGUCCAUGUCUGCUGAUGAACUGUCCAAGAUCAGCUCAUCAAGUUCUGAUAGCUCACCUUCUAUCAAUGAGGUCAGGGUGCGCCUCCGCAAGCAGCCCAAACGCAAGCGGCGCUUAGCCUACGCCCGCAGCGGUUUGAUGAUUAACUUCGGGGGCUCCAAGGAGAGCGAGUACUGGAGCUUUCCGCUGCCUCCCAUCAGCCCCCAUGCGCCCAGCCUGAAGAGCUCGGCCAGUAGUGUGGAUGUCCGGGCUCUCAAAUCCCAGGUCAAGAUACCGACAGAAUCUGGUGGGUCGAGGUUCAGCCUUCAGCCCACGGGCACGAAUGAGGACUCAGGACAACAGGGGUCUAACCAAUCACAACUUACAACUCCUGAGAGGAUUUGGUUUCUCGGUAGAUUCCUGCGGAAACGGACACCAAAAUAUUCCUCGAGCAAUGACUCUCCAUCGGAUAAAACUGUCACCUUGCCCAGCUACACUCCACAUCCCUACCACAUGCCAAACCCAAACAGUGGGAAGGUCAAUCGAAACCCCACCAUUCGAAUCAGCCGGGCCACACGGGUAAUUGAGUGGAACGCGUCUCUGGACCGGGAGAUCUCCGACCCGAAGGAGCUACGAAACCUGGACGAGUUCCUCGGUAACCAGGUGAAUGAGUUGCGGACAAGAAUAAAAGAGCUGUCGCCAACAGAGAGCAUCUUCCUCACAGCCACCAUGCAGUUUAGAGAGACCAUCAAGGGCAUGUACUCCGUCCAGAAGCCCCAAAUCGCCUACAAAGAUCUGAUGAAAGGUUACCACAACAAAGUGAACGCACUAGCAGGACCCAAGACGAAGACAGAGGUCUCACUGGUUGUCAACCUGUUUCAGUCUGUGCUGGACGGCUUCAUCAGGGGCGAAAUAAAACGAGUGGAGUCUGAACCAUCCAAGGGUACUAAGAUGACAAAGAAGAGGAGGAAAAAGGACAAAUGCCCUGAUGGUCCUCUGGAUCACCUGUUCAGCACAUACCAGGUGAACAUUAUGCAGUCAUGUGACUUGUGUGGCUCCUACAUCUGGGGGAUGGAGAAAGCCUACAUGUGCAGUGCUUGCAAGUUAAUAUGUCAUAAGAAAUGCCUGAACAAAAUCAUCACAGAUUGCUCAACACGAUGCGCCAGGCAGGAUGACAGUGUACCAGGCUCCCUUCACUUUGGGGUGCAGGUGUGUGUACUCACCAGUAAAGCCAACCCCGUGCCCAAAGUGUUGGAGUUGUUGCUGUUGCAUGUGGAGCUGAAUGGACUCUACACUGAGGGCAUUUACCGCAAGUCGGGCUCAGCGUGUCGAGCAAGGGAGCUGCACCAGAUUCUUGAGACCAAUCCUGAGGGGGCAUGUUUAGAGAAUUACCCCAUCCACACCAUCACGGGUCUGAUUAAACGAUGGCUCAGAGAGCUGCCUGACCCCCUCAUGACCUUUUCCCUCUAUAGUGACUUUUUGCACGCUGUGGAGCUGCCAGAGAAAGCUGAGAGAAUAAGGGCCGUAUACCAAAAGGUGGAUGAACUUCCUCCUGCUAGCUACAACACAUUAGAGCGGCUCAUCUUUCACCUUGUCAGGGUUGCAAAAGAAGAAGAGCAUAAUAAGAUGUCACCAAGCUCUCUUGCUAUUGUGUUUGCCCCUUGCAUCCUGCGCUCUCCUGAUGCUGAUGACCCCUUCCUUGGUAUGAAGGACGUGUCCAAGACCACGCUGUGUGUGGAGAUCUUGAUCUCUGAGCAGUUCAGACGCUACAAAGAGAAGAUGCAGAAUAUCCAAGAGCUGGAAUAUGCAGAGGCCCUGGCAGUUAACCAGCUCAAACUAAAGAGGCAAAACACAGUUGUUGAAAAGCCCUCAGAGCUGGAUGUUCCAGAGGAAAUAAAUGCUGAUGAAACCGAGAAGACUCUCAUCGAAAGGAUCAGGUCCAUCAAGCAAGAAAAGGUGGACUUGGCCUGCAGGUUACCUGACCUGGAGCAGGACAACUCUGACAAUGAUAACCUGGACUCAUCAUCGUCGAUGAGCACAGAAAGUCUAGAAGACCGCAUGAGGAGCCUUGAAUCAGAAGGAAAGGCGACCCUGCGAUUGAAAACCCAGAAACCCGACUGCCCGCACAAACCUUCUGACCUGGCGCAGAGAGUGAAAAGUCUGAUGGCUCAGAAAGAUGAUGAACAGAGAGAGUUCACAUCGGGAAUGGAUGUUACUCAAUCCACGUGCUUCCUGCCGAGCCAAACCUCCCCAACCGACAAGCCCCAGGUCACCAGCAAGAAUUUCAGUGGGAGCUUUGACGACCUAGACAUCCCUUACAUAGAUGAGGAUGAUGAUCUAACUUGAGCAUAACACCACAAUUCGUGAUAAUUUGAAUAUUUGCAAGUAUGUGUUAAUAGAAGUCGAAUUGUGGCAAAAAACAAAACAAAACUGUGCACUUUGUUUUAUAGACUUUUCCAUUUGUUAAUGCUGCUAUGGAAACAAACUGCAUUGAGAAUUUUUAUGUAUUUAACAGGGAAAACACACUGACUUUUCCUUCAGGGAUCUGAAGAACCAUCAGCAAUGACUACUCACGCUAUAUCUCUGUGUAUCACUGUAUGUGAUUUUAAAGAUAUCUGAAAAUUGUACAGUAGAAAUUUUAGAAAAGGUAAGUAUUUUGGACCAUUUCUAUGAAGCCGUGUCUCAUCCUUAGAGAAAAAUAGGGCAACAUGAUGAGGAGCAAUUUAGGAUACCAGUACCUCCUUUACUAAUGGACAACAUUCUGGGUAGACCGCUAUGAUACUAAUGGAAGUUAAUGUGUUUUGUGGAGAAAAAAAAAAAAUCUUGUAAGUGUACCAAAAACGUUCUAACAUUGUACAUAGAAUGAUUCUCCAUUGUACAGAGUAUGAAGUUGACUUUUGGGCUCUCACUGAGUACAUUGUUGUGCAUCUGGUUGUGUUUUUCGGCUUUUCCUUAUACUGAAUGCUGCGACUGACCACUGAUUCGGUGUACCUGUAUAGGAAAUUGUCACAAAACUGCCUGGUAGACUGACUGAAAAUAUUUCCCUCUGUCACUUUUAUUGUUUUUGCAAGGCUAUGCAGUUUAACAGUUUCAUUAAGUAGGUUUUUCAUUUUUUCUUUUGUUAAUUUUUUACACGCAUGCCUGUACAUUUUAUAAGAGUUAGGAAUUGUGUAUAUUUUGGUGGACAUCCUCUGAUUUUGAGUUGUGUCAACAACGGGAAUAAACUGACCAUUUUCAAGUGUCUUUUGCUGUAAUACAAUAAUAAUAUAAAAGCACAGUGUCUCCACUUGUAUAAUAACUAUAACCAAUUAUUGUUAUUUUUCAACAAUAAGUCUCUUAACAGUAUAUGGCAUACGGUGGUCUGAAAUUGGGUUAAAUACGUUAGUAUCACCCCGACCAAAAAAAAAAAAUACUGUAUAAAUAGAAACUAAAUAGGUGAAUUGAAUAUCACAUCUAUUAUUUAUUUAGAAAAUAUACAAAAGAAUUUUGAAAUAUAUUACUUUUGGUACAUGAUCGCUCUCUUUUGUUGUCCUUAUUUCACAAGUCAUGUUUGACAUUAAAAAACUUCAGCACAUUUAGGAAAACAACAGAAUAAUCAACUGCAAUUAACUAAUUCUGUAACUAAUAUCAAUAAGGGUAGGCUGAACGACACACACCUCUUAUGAUGAUGCAAUACACUUUAAAGCAGCUCAAACUGCAGCUUCCAAUAUUAUCAUAAAAUUGAAUAAACACUUUAACAUAGCCUCGAUUAAAAAACAAAAAAAUUACAACCUUCAUGAAGGAGGAUUUAUUGCAGGACUGUUUUAUUAGAUUGUAUUAGUUUUCAGUGAGGUGUUCCUAAUAAACUGACAGCUGAGUGUACAUUAUUGUGAAAUGGGCCAUUCUGCAUAUUUUACUUGGUACCUUUUUUUUGUACUCGAAUAAA